CACUUUGCGCCCUAUAUAAGGGGCGAGCAGCGCUCAGUUCGGUACGUUGGACGGUGCUAUCCACUCAACGCCAAAAUGAUGUGGAAGUCUUUGCUUCUCGUCUGCCUUGUGGCCGCCGGUGCCGCCGCUUCCGCCGAGCAUGGCUGGAAGUCCGGCUCCGAGUACAAGUACCAGGUGCGCGGUCGUACCCUGACCGCCCUGCACCAGGUCGCCAACCAGUACGCUGGUGUCCUCAUGAAGGCCCAGCUGUCUGUGCAGCCCAAGUCCGACAACAUCCUCAUCGCCAAGGUCUCCAACGCCGAAUACGCCAAGAUCAACGAGCAGCUGCCCGCUGGUUGGGGUACCCCCAUCCCCUCCAGCAAGCUGAGCUGGCACCAGCUCCCCAUCAGCAGCAAGCCCUUCGAGAUCAAGCUCAAGAACGGCAUCGUCGACGAGCUCAUCGUCAGCAAGAACGUCCCCACCUGGGAGAUCAACAUGCUGAAGGGUAUCGCCAGCCAGCUGCAGGUUGACACUCAGGCCGAGAACAUCAUCAGCUCUCGCAUCAACAACAAGCCCAGCCACAACUCCGUCAACGGCGUCUUCAAGACCAUGGAGGACGACGUCACCGGUGAGUGCGAGGUCAUGUACGACAUCAGCCCCCUGCCCCAGUACCAGCUCCAGAGCCGCCCCGAGCUCGCCCCCAUGCCCCAGCUCCGCGGUGACGGUCAGCUGAUCGACAUCGUCAAGACCAAGAACUUCAGCCACUGCGAGCAGCGCCCCGGCUACCACUACGGCCUCAACGCCCUCACCGACGCCGAGCCCGCCUCCUCCAAGAUGGGCGAGUUCAUGGCCCGUUCCUCCGUCAGCCGCGUCGUCCUGUCCGGCAGCCUCCAGCGCUACACCAUCCAGUCCUCCGUCACCACCAACAAGGUCAUCCUCAGCCCCGUGCUGUACAACAACCAGAAGGGUAUGGUCGUCUCCCGCAUGAACCUGACCCUGGACUCCGUGCACUCCGCUUCCGGCUCCCCCCAGAGCGUCGCCAACCCCCGCAAGAUCAAGGACCUCGUCUACGACUACAACGACCCCUUCAGCGCCUCCAACAACGCUGACCUCAGCGACGAGUCCAGCUCCUCCAGCAGCUCUUCCUCCUCCUCCAGCAGCUCUUCCAGCAGCUCUUCCGAGAGCGGCAGCCAGGAGCAGCUCAAGAAGCACCAGAAGCGCAGCAACGGUGCCGACUCCAGCUCUUCCUCCAGCAGCAGCAGCUCCGACUCCAGCAGCUCUUCCAGCAGCUCUUCCUCCAGCUCUGACUCCAGCUCUUCCUCCAGCUCCGACUCCAGCUCCUCCAGCUCUUCCGAGAGCCAGGAGAACCGCAUGAAGAGCGCCGCCGCCAAGCGUUUCCGCCGCUCCCUGAAGAACCAGCAGGACUCUUCCUCCAGCUCUAGCUCCAGCGAGAGCCAGGAGAACCAGAAGAACCAGAAGAACCAGAAGCACGGCCGUCGCAACAACACCGACAGCAGCUCCUCUUCCUCCAGCUCUGACUCCAGCUCCAGCUCCUCCAGCUCCAGCUCUUCCUCCUCCGACUCCAGCUCUUCCAGCUCCAGCAGCGAGAGCAACGAGUCCAAGUGGGGCAAGAACCGCAACGCCCGCAGCAACCGCAACAACACCAGCGACUCUUCCUCCAGCUCUUCCUCCAGCUCUAGCUCCUCCAGCUCCAGCUCUUCCUCCAGCUCCGACUCUGACAGCUCUUCCUCCAGCUCUAGCAGCACCAGCUCCAGCGAGGAGUGGUUCCAGUCCAAGCCCAAGAUGAGCCAGCCCCCCAAGCACCCCAUGCUCCCCUACUUCGUCGGCUACCAGGGCAGCAACAUCGCCGCCUCCAGCCAGGUCAACGCUGUCCACGCCGUCCAGAAGAUCGCCCAGCAGAUCGCUGAGGAGCUCCAGCACCCCAGCCAGAUCCCCGAGAAGGCCACCCUCGCCAAGUUCACCAUCCUCGCCCGUCUGGUCCGCAUCAUGGACGUCAAGCAGAUCGAGCAGGCUACCCGUGAGCUGUACGCCCCCGCCUCCAAGAGCGCCAGCCAGAGCCAGAGCGCUUCCACCAAGAACGCCGCCUGGAAGGUCUUCCGUGACGCCGUCGCCCAGGCCGGUACCGGCCCCGCUAUGACCAUCAUCAAGGAGUGGAUCGAGAACCACAAGGUCCAGGGUGAGGAGGCCGCCGAGCUCCUCGCUGUCCUUCCCGAGACCGCCCGCACCCCCACCCGCGAGUACAUGGACACCUUCUUCUCCCUGAUCAAGAAGUCCGAGGUCCAGAAGCAGCAGUUCCUGAACUCCUCCGCCAUCCUGUCCUUCACCACCCUGGUCCGUCGCGCCCAGGUCGACAACGCCACCGCCCACAACCGUUACCCCACCCACGUCUACGGUCGCCUGAACCCCAAGAAGGCCUCCGCCGUUGCCCGUGACUACAUCCCCUACCUGGCUCAGCAGCUCAAGAGCGCCGUCCAGAACGAGGACAGCCACAAGGUCCAGGUCUACACCCGUGCCCUCGGCAACAUUGCCCACCCCAAGAUCCUCGCCGUCUUCGAGCCCUACCUCGAGGGCCAGAAGCAGGUCUCCACCUUCCAGCGCCUCCACAUGGUCGUCGCCCUGAACAAGCUCGCCAAGAUCUCCCCCAAGGUCGCCCGCCCCGUCCUGUUCCGUCUGUACCAGAACGCUGGUGACGCCGCCGAGAUCCGCUCCGCCGCCGUCUUCCUGCUCAUGAAGACCAACCCCCCCGCCAGCAUGCUCCAGCGCAUGGCUGAGUUCACCAACCAGGACCCCAGCAAGCAGGUCCGUUCCGUCGUCAAGUCCGCCAUCGAGUCUGCCGCCAACAACCUGCAGUCCCAGGACAACCAGGAGCUGGCCGAGAACGCCCGCGCCGCCGUCGACAUGCUCAACGCCACCUACAACGGUCCCCAGUACUCCAAGGUCAACCUCGCCUCCAACGAUGUCAACGAGAUGAACCUGGCUUACCAGGCCGCCCUCGCCACCAUCGGCAGCGACGACAGCUACAUCCCCUCCGCCGCCUUCGUCAGCGCUCGCGCCAACCUCGGUGGCUUCCAGGCCAACUACCUCCGCGCCGGUGCCAUGGUUUCCAGCGCUAGCGACCUGAUCGACCUCCUGGCCGAGCAGUUCCAGCAGAGCUCCAACUCCAACUCCCGCUCCCACAAGUCCGGCAAGCACUCCUCUGCCUCUGGCUCCUCCGCCUCCGGCAGCUGGUCCGCUGACAAGAUCGCCAACAUGCUCAACAUCCAGGCUGACCAGCAGGAGCAGGUCGAGGCUAACUUCCUCAUCAACGUCCUGUCCCAGCAGCGUUUCUUCACCCUGGACAACCACACCGUCGAGCAGAUCCCCCAGUACCUGAAGCACGCCGCCAACACCCUCCGUUCCGGCGAGAACUUCAACUACACCAAGCUGUACAACCGCUACUCCCUGACCAUGGGCUUCCCCACCACCAUGGGUCUGCCCCUCGUCUACACCCUGAAGGCCCCCACCAUGGUCACCGUCGGCGGUGAGGCUCGCGUCCGCACCCAGCCCGACCUCGCCAACGGCCCCAAGGACGCCGCCUUCGUCCCCAACACCGUCAACGCUUCCGCUGAUGUCCACUUCACCUACGCUACCCGCACCCAGGCCAAGAUGGGUUUCAUCACCCCCUUCGACCACCAGCACUACAUCGCCGGUCUCGACAAGGACGUCCUCGUCAACCUGCCCAUCCGCGCCAACAUCGACCUCGACCUCGAGAACGCUGAGGUUCGCGUCAAGCUCCAGCCCAUCCAGGCCAACAAGGACUUCAAGAUCAUCCAGAUCUCUGCCCAGCCCUACACCGCCCAGCAGAACAUCCUGGACCUUACCCCCGCCCAGCAGAAGCCCAUCCAGCUCCGCAAGCCCCACCAGGCCAACUUCACCGUCGGCCAGGACAUGACCGGUAUGGCUUUCCGUAUCGACGCCGCCUGCGAGAACGACUUCGCUGACUUCGCCACCAUCUACAACCAGGCCAAGAACUACGACAGCAUCUCCGCCCUCCUGUUCGCCACCUCCGAGCAGAACAUCAAGGCUUACGAGCUUUCCGUGUCCUUCGACCACCAGAAGUCCUCCGCCAAGUCCGUCACCCUGACCGCCUCUUACGACAACGACAACGAGGAGUCCUACGAGAACAAGAAGAGCAAGCGCUCCGCCCACAACUCCGAGGAGAACUUCGACGCCGAGUCCAAGAGCCCCAGCCAGAACGCCGCCAACCCCUCCAACAACCAGGCCAACAGCCAGGCCCGUCAGGAGCAGUUCCUCCGCCGCGCCGCCGCCGGCAUCCAGGCCAGCAACGCCUCCGUCAUCGACCUGUCCGCCCAGUUCAACGGCGAGCACAAGGCCCAGUUCAUCGCCACCGCCGCCUUCGCCAACAGCCAGGUCGACGAGAAGGCCCGCGUCCUGGUCUACCUGCGCAAGUCCCCCGCCCGCUCCUCCGAGUACAACAAGGAGCAGCAGUUCGCCAUGACCCUGACCGCCAAGAUGCCCAACGUUCCCGCCAUGAACUUCCAGAAGGCCCUGAACGCCGACCCCAAGAGCCAGAUCCAGGCCCAGAUCGCUUUCGGCGAGAAGCUCGACUCCUCCGCCUCCCAGGUCAACGCCCAGGUUCAGCUUAAGCAGACCUCUGCCCGCCGUGAGUUCGUCCGCCGCCAGCCUGCCGCUCAGCUCUGCGAGCAGCAGAUGGAGAAGGGCAACUACUUCCUCCCCGCCUGCCAGAACGUCACCGCCCAGGCCAACAUCAUGGACCUGUACACCGCCAACAUCCAGUUCGACAAGAUCUCCCAGCGCGUCAAGAACGCCACCUACAAGGCCUACGCCGCCGCCCGUUACUUCGGCUGGCAGUACAACUCCGAGAACUUCGUCAACCCUAAGAACUCCCACAACAACAAGAUUGAGGCCGAGCUCCGCUUCGCCCCCAACAUGCAGUCCGCCAACCUGACCUUCGACGCUCCCUCCAUGAGCGCCGAGUUCAACAACGUCCGCCUCAACCACUGGGCCGCCCGCGUCCUCGCCGUCCACCCCAUGUACAGCCAGACCCAGCUCCUUGUCUCCAAGGCCCUGAAGGGUGGCUACCCCAUGUGCGUCGUCGACCGCUCCGCCGCCAACACCUUCGACAACAAGACCUACCCCCUGAACCUCGGCAACAACUGGCACGUCAUGAUGCAGUCCGUCCCCAAGGACUCCGCUGACUCCAGCUCCUCCAGCCAGGAGGACGCCACCGACAAGGUCUCCGUCCUUGUCCGCGACGCCAGCAGCUCCAACGAGAAGAAGGAGCUGAAGGUUAUCCUCGACGAGGAGAUCUUCGACUUCACCCCCGCCUCCGGCUACGCCACCAUCAAGUACAACGGCCGCUCCAUCUCCUUCUCCACCAAGGGCGCCCAGGUCCAGGACCAGUCCGGCGAGAUCCUCGCCCAGGUCUACCCCAUGCCCGCCAGCACCGUCAAGGUCUACUUCCCCCAGCAGAAGCUCGAGGUCCUGUACGACGGCUACCGCGUCGCCCUGAUCGUCGGCCAGACCUACCGUGGUGAGGUCCGCGGUCUCUGCGGCAACUUCGACGGCGAGGAGAUGACCGACUUCACCUCCCCCCGCAACUGCCUCCUCAAGAACCCCCAGCAGUUCUCCGCUUCCUGGGCUCUGUCUCCCUCCGGCUCCGUCAAGGACCAGCAGCAGAAGGCCAACCAGGCCGCCUGCUUCCCCCAGAACAUCCUGUACGGUGACGUCAUCAGCGACAACGAGGCCGGCCGCCACCAGCCCCACCGCCGCAGCUCCGGCAAGUCCUCCAGCCACUCCAGCCACAAGUCCAGCUCCAGCCGCAACUCCUCCCCCAAGUCCGCCGCCGGCUGCACCAGCCACCGCGUCAAGGUCAUCCAGGAGAACGGCCAGAUCUGCUUCUCUCUCCGCCCCCAGCCCGCCUGCAACGCUCACUGCCAGCCCGCCCAGAAGGUCGAGAAGAAGAUCGACUUCCACUGCGUGUCUGACAGCUCUGCUUCCCGCCACUGGGUCGAGAUGAUCAAGAAGGGUGCCAACCCCGACUUCAGCCAGAAGGGCGCCAACAAGUCCCUCAAGGUCAACAUCCCCGAGAGCUGCCGUGCCUAAGCGGUGUGCCCGACUGUAGCUUAGUUCAAUAAAUAUGAUUUGAAGCAAUAA